AUGUCGGCCAUGGCUCUGCGACAGACUGUGCGCGCGCUCCUCUCGCGGGGUGUGCCCACGGCGCCUCUUGCGCGCUCUGCGGGUGUGCGUGCGAUCUCCAGCACGGCGGCCGUGCGCUCGGAUGCGCUGUUUGUGCACCGCGACACGCCGUACAACAACCCGUCGAUCCCGUUUGCGUUUGACGAGAAGCACAUGCCCGAGGCGCAGGAGAUCAUCGCGCGCUACCCUUGGCAGUACAAGAAGGCGGCGGUGAUUCCCCUGCUGCACCUCGCGCAGAAGCAGAACGACAACUGGCUCAGCAUCAGCGCGAUGAACUACGUGGCCGAGCUCCUGGAGAUGCCGCCGAUGCGUGUGUACGAGGUGGCCACCUUCUACACGAUGUACAACCGGUACGUCGAAUGCACUUACGCCAGCGACCCCGUCGGCAAGUACUUUGUGCAGGUGUGCACGACGACGCCGUGCAUGCUCGGCGGCUGCGGCUCGACGGCCGUGCUCGAGGCGAUCGAGAAGCACCUCGGUAUCACCGCGGGCCACACGACCGCGGACAAGAAGUUCACCGUGAUCGAGGUCGAGUGCCUCGGCGCCUGCUCGAACGCGCCCAUGGUCCAGAUCAACGACAGCUACUACGUACGUCGAUGCACUCACACGCAGGAGGACCUCACGCCCGAAUCGGUCGUCCAGGUGCUCGAUGGCCUGGCGCGCGGCGAGAACGUCCCGACCGGCCCCCAGAACGGCCGCUUGCACUCGGCGCCCGACCGCGAGAACCGGACGCUGAAGGAAGCGCCGUACGGCCCCGGCGAGCACUGUGUGCCCGAGUUUGCAUAA